AGCCUCUUGCCUCUGCUUGGGUGCCAGCCUUGGUGUGUAUUUUCCCGCCAUUUCCAGCUGUUCGUGAGGAGAACUGGAUGAUUUCGAAUGGAUUGGUUUCACUGCAACCAAUGUUUCCGAAAAGAUGGGGACAAUUUCUUUGUCACCAGCUGUGGCCAUAUUUUCUGUAAAAAGUGUGUGACCCUGGAAAAAUGUGCUGUUUGUGGAAAUGCUUGCAAGCAUCUGGCUCUUUCUGAUAAUCUGAAACCUCAGGAGAAGAUAUAUUUCAAAAGCCCUGUGGAGACAGCUUUGCAGUAUUUUAGUCAUAUCUCUCAGGUGUGGAGUUUCCAGAAGAAACAAACAGAUCUCCUCAUCGCCUUCUAUAAGCAUAGAAUUACAAAGUUAGAAGCAGCCAUGCAGGAGGCACAGCACAUGGUGACCAGGCAGGAAAAAGAGCUGUCAGUCUUAAAGAAGGAAAAUGGAGAGCUGAAGAAAUGUCUUGCCAUUCUAAAGGAAUCUCCAAAUUGGUACCAAGGAAGCAGGUCAGUUUUAUCAGGCCCCAUACUAGCCCUGGUUGAGAAUUGCUGUUCUUUCUUGACUCUUGGCUGCAACACCUGUGUGGGACCUAAGGUGGAGGAGAUGGUUGGCCACACCUCGACCAGUGGGCAUUACUUCUCCAUCACAGUCAGUCGGUCCCCCUCUGUGGAAUCUAUCCCUUACAGAAUGUCUGGCUUUAGUAGCUUGGGACAAGGAGCCAGAGGCCUGCAGGGAAGAAGCACUCCCAGGGACUCUUAUACUGAAACCCCUUCACCAGCUUCUACUCAUAGCUUUUCUUAUAGGCCUUCACCUGCUUCUUCGGGACAGGGGAUUUUUUCUUUUAGACCAUCACUAAAUGGUGGGAAUUCAGGCCACACAAGAGUCCUCACCCCCAACAAUUCAGGUCAGAGGGAAAGCAGAACUCCACUAGAGAGUCUUCCUGGUUUCCAGCUACCAGUUCAGCAGACUCUCUACGAACAGAGACAGAUGGGAUUAGCCAGGUCAAGAGAAGCAUGGACUACUUCCAGAUAGAUCGUCUUCAAGGUCUGAUCUAAACAUGUUGCUUAAAGAAGGCCUAUAGCAUCCAAUACCCAUUAAGUGCCUUGGAAAAUGUCUCCCUACCUUGUUUCCUGGUUUCACUCUCUUGACUUUUAUGAUAUACAUCCUCUAUUACCUUCUAGGAAAAUAGUUAGGCAUUAUAUAAGGCUAGUACUACAGAAAGAUGUUUAGAUCUCUCCCACACUCAAAUAGCUCUCUCAUUUCCUGCAACUUAAAGGUUGUAAGAACAAUUCUUGGCAUCAUUGGGGGCGAGAGGUAAUAUACUCAUUAAGUAUGGUUUAUUUCUAUAUUUCAUUCUUUCAGCUUUGGAUAUAUUCUUCCAUUUCCAAUGUUAAUAAGCAACAACUCUGUUCCUAAUUUAUUAUACUUAUGUUGCUUAUUGUUUCCUCUAUGCCUAGUUAACUAUGUUGAUUUUCCUUUGAGACCCAGACUUUCAGCUUACUAAAGUACAUAGAUAAAAUAAA